UUUUUUGCUUUUUGAGCCUUCUUGUCACAUUUUCUGCACACUCAUCAUAUGCCCACAUCCACAUCUGCCCCUUUUCUCAUCCUCCUCUCUGCGACUCUAUCCAUCUGAACAGAGUUACAAAGUGAAAGAUUCAACAAACCUCCACCCUCUAGGGUUUCCUUUUUCCCUCUUUUUGCUGCAAUUAUUAUCAAGCCCUUCUUCUUCUACUCAUCUUUUCCUCCGUCCCCUCCUUCGUACGGUUGUAGAAAGAAAUUUACCCCAUUUGUCAGUCCUCGGAGAAGCUAAUCUUUGGUUUAAAGGACUUAUUGUUGGACAAGAGCUCUGAAGAAUCUGAACUCUGAAAGGUCUGAAAUGUCAAUUGUAAACAUGGGUUUCAUGUGUGAUUUUUGUGGGGAUCAAAGGUCGAUGGUUUACUGCCGAUCUGAUGCUGCUUGUUUGUGCUUAUCGUGUGACCGAAAUGUCCAUUCGGCGAAUGCCUUGUCGAGGCGCCACUCUAGAACGCUGUUAUGUGAAAGAUGCCAUUUGCAACCUGCAGCGGUGAGAUGUACUGAAGAGAGGAUUUCUCUGUGUCAAAAUUGUGACUGGACAGUUCAUGGCACGUCUACCUCUGCUUCAUCAUCACACAAGAGGCAAACCAUCAAUUGUUACUCUGGCUGUCCAUCGGCUGCAGAACUUUCUUCCAUCUGGUCCUUUGUUUUGGAUGUACCCUCUGUAAAUGAUGCUUGUGAGCAAGAGUUGGGAUUAAUGAGCAUUGCUGAGACUGACUUGACCGGUGCCUGGAGCCCUUCAGAAAACAACGCAAGUCAAAGAAUGCCUGGCUCAGCUAAAUCUAGUGAUGUUUGCAGCAGGGAAAAGUCAAAUGUUUGGGUUGGAUCAUCUUCACUAACUGACUUUGGCUCUAAGCUUCACACUUCAGAUCAGCCAGAUGAAUUGGCUAAUGUGGCUUUACCCAAGUUUUGCUGUCCUGGAACAAAAGUUGCUGGACUCUGCAGCGAAGAUGAUGACAUCUACAAGGAAUUUGAUAUGGAUGAAAUGGAUUUGAGUCUUGAAAACUAUGAGGAAUUAUUUGGUGUAGGCUCUAAUAAUCCUGAAGAACUUUUUGAGAACUGUGGAAUCGACAACCUUUUUGAGGCAAAAGACGUGUCUUUCGAAGAUUCAAUAUGCCAUGGCUCAGUUGCUGCAGAGGGGUCUUCCGUUGGAGUGGUUAAACCGAUGCAGCCAGCCUAUAGCAAUGGUGCAUCUGCCGAUUCGAUCAUGAGUACUAAAACCGAACCGAUUCUUUGUUUCAACACAAGGCAAGCACAAUCGGGUCUGUCAUUUUCUGGCCUCACUGGCGAGAGCAGUGCUGGUGAUUAUCAAGACUGUGGAGCCUCUUCAAUGCUUCUAAUGGGAGAGCCUCCAUGGUGUGCCCCUGGCACUGAAAGUUCUUUCCCAUCGUCUGAUCGUAACAAUGCCGUUCUGCGUUAUAAGGAGAAAAAGAAGGCGCGCAAGUUUGAGAAAAGAGUGAGGUACGCCACCCGCAAGGCAAGAGCCGACGUGAGAAGGCGUGUGAAGGGACGGUUUGUGAAAGCCGGAGAGGCAUACGAUUACGACCCACUGAACCAGACUAGAAGCUGCUGAGUACAAUUUUUAACUAUGCUUUACAACAAGGAAUGAAUCACUCUGAUGUUUUGGAAAGAUGCAUUCUUUAUUUAUGUAACCAGUGGAUGAUUUUGAUGCAUGAUAACGAACUGUCUGAUUAUCUCACAGGAAGGAUCAACCAAUCUCAUUCGAAGACGAAACGUUGAUUCGAAGAAGCAGGUUCGAAAGGUUCAACGAGUAAAACUUCCAGGGCAGAUCGAACCAACAAGAAAGAUAACCGAUGCAGCAGAAGAUUUGCCCCAAGCCAUAAAGGCCAGCUCCUCUGCAAAUAUCUGUUUACUGAGCCAUUGUUAGUCAGAAACUAGAAACUAUACUUGACUCUUUCUUUUUCUUUUUGUUGAAAUAAAACACAAAUCACCAUUGCCAAAAAAAAAUAUUAUUUUGUCUGUAUAGCACAAAGUCAGCAUGUAUUUUACCACACAGUUGAGUUGAGUUAGUAGUAGCAGAAUAUAUGGUUCCAAGGUUGAACUUGAACAUGAGAUUUUCUCCUCUUUCCCCAUUUCUUGUAAAUGUAAGGUCAUACUGCAUCUGCAGUUGAGACAGAUUUGGUAAUUAUAUUUAUACCUUGUAAAAUUCAUCUUCUUUA